AUGAAGUCUACUCUUCUCUACUCUUUGCCCUGGGCAUCUGCCCUCCUUCCUGCCAUCUAUGGCGCCCCUACUGGGGGAAACCCGCCUUUGCGCGGCUCCGAGGAUCUCCUGGGCUACUCAGCCUCCAACACGGUGACGGACCAGACCACCGACGAUAUUCCCUACGUGCCGGUGCCCGGUCAGACCGAAGCGGCGGACGUGGGAGUGUACCUGGACUUUGAAGAUGCCGAGAACCUGCCGCAGCCCGUCCGAGGUGACGUGGGCGGCACCGACCCUGGCCCUCGCAACCUCUAUUACGAUAAAAUCAACAGUGACAAGCUGGCACCGCCGGGGACGGACAAUGGCCAGACGAUUAAUGCCCAAUGGCCCAUGGGACUCAGCCACAACCGAUUGGGUCUGAACGAGUCCGGAUGGGCGCGACAGGAAAAUGAGGUGGUGAUGCCGGCUGCGACGGAAAUGGCCGGGGUGGAUAUGCGUCUGGAAGCGGGUGCAUAUCGGGAAUUGCACUGGCAUGUGGCCUCGGAAUGGUCGCUGGUGUUGAACGGAUCGUGUCGGAUUGAGGCUGUCAAUGAGAAUGGUCAAACUUUCGUCGAUGACGUGAGUGCCGGCGAUGUCUGGUUCUUCCCUCCCGGUGUUCCGCAUUCCAUCCAAGCCCUCGACACGGGCGUCGAGUUUCUGCUCAUCUUCGACGAUGGUAGUUUUUCUGAAGACAACACUUUUCUCGCUACCGAGGUGUUUGCCCAUCAACCGCGCUCCGUCCUAGCCAAAAACUUCGACCUCCCCAUCGCCGCCUUCGACGACAUCCCCGAAGACGAACUCUACAUCUUCCCCGGCACUCCCGCCCCGACCAACAUCGAAGAACAAAAUGUGACCGGCUCCGCAGGCAUCCUCCCUCGCUCGCAGAGCUACUCCUACCAUUUCUCCGAGCAACCCGCCCACGAAGUCCAAGGCGGAAGCGUCAAGAUCGUCGACUCGCAAACCUUUCCCAUCUCCACUAACACGGCCGCCGCCCUAGUGACGGUACGACCCGGCGGCAUGCGCGAGAUUCACUGGCAUCCUACCAGCGACGAAUGGACGUUUUUCAUCAGUGGUAAGGCCCGCGCUACGCUCUUCACUGCUCCCAGCACGGCCACCACCUUUGAUUAUCGGCCCGGGGACGUGGGAUAUUUCCCCCAGUCGAAUAGUCAUUAUAUUGAGAAUACGGGGGAUGAGGAUCUGGUGUUUUUGGAGGUGUUGCAGACGGAUGAAUUUACUGAUGUCGCCCUCGGCCAAUGGAUCGGAUCUACACCGAAGCAGAUCGUAGCGGAUACGUUGCAUCUUCCACAGAGUGCUUUGGAUAAAUUGAAGACGGAGAAGAUGUAUGUUGUGGCGGGGUCGAAUGUUUCUGAUGUGGCGGUAUAAAUAGG